AGUUGGAAAAGCAGCCUGCCUGGGACAUGAGGUUGGCAGCGGGUGUGCAGGCUGGCAGUCUGGGGGACUCAUCCUGAGUGGCUGCUCCGAGGCCCUCCCACAUCCGGGAAGCUUGCCAUGCCGCUCUGCAUCCCGCAGGUGCUGUUGGCCUUGUUCCUUUCCGUGCUGAUAGCCCAGGGAGAAGGCAGCCGGAGGAGGGCCACCCAGGCCCACAGCGCCACCCAGCCUGCUCUGCUGAGGCUGUCAGAUCACCUCCUGGCUAACUACAAGAAGGGGGUGCGGCCUGUGCGGGACUGGAGGAAGCCCACCCUGGUCUCUAUUGAUGUCAUCAUGUAUGCCAUCCUCAACGUGGAUGAGAAGAACCAGGUUCUGACCACCUACAUAUGGUACCGGCAGUUCUGGACCGACGAGUUUCUACAGUGGACUCCUGAGGACUUCGACAAUGUCACCAAAUUGUCCAUCCCCACAGACAGCAUCUGGGUCCCUGACAUCCUCAUCAAUGAGUUUGUGGACGUGGGGAAGUCUCCGAGCAUUCCUUAUGUGUAUGUGCACCAUCAAGGUGAAGUCCAGAACUACAAGCCCCUACAGCUGGUGACCGCCUGUAGCCUUGACAUCUAUAACUUCCCCUUCGAUGUGCAGAACUGCUCUCUGACCUUCACCAGCUGGCUGCAUACCAUCCAGGACAUCAACAUUUCCCUGUGGCGAACACCAGAAGAAGUGAGGUCGGACAAGAGCGUCUUCAUAAAUCAGGGCGAGUGGGAGCUGCUGGGGGUGUUCACCAAGUUUCAGGAGUUCAGUAUAGAAACCAGUAACAGCUAUGCGGAAAUGAAGUUCUACGUGGUCAUCCGCCGGCGGCCUUUAUUCUACGCAGUCAGCCUCUUGCUGCCCAGUAUCUUCCUCAUGGUCGUGGACAUUGUGGGCUUUUGUCUGCCCCCGGACAGUGGCGAGAGAGUGUCUUUCAAGAUCACGCUCCUUCUGGGAUACUCAGUCUUUCUCAUCAUCGUGUCAGACACACUGCCUGCAACGGCCAUCGGCACUCCCCUCAUUGGUGUCUACUUUGUAGUGUGCAUGGCUCUGCUGGUGAUAAGCCUCGCUGAGACCAUCUUCAUUGUGCGGCUGGUGCAUAAGCAGGACUUACAGCGCCCUGUACCUGACUGGCUGAGGCACCUGGUCCUAGACAGAAUAGCCUGGCUGCUCUGCCUAGGGGAGCAGCCCAUGGCCCAAAGGCCCCCAGCCACCUUCCAAGCCAACAAGACUGAUGACUGCUCAGCCAUGGGAAACCACUGCAGCCAUGUCGGAAGCCCUCAGGACUUGGAGAAGACCUCAAGGAGCAGAGAUAGCCCUCUUCCACCACCAAGGGAGGCCUCACUGGCUGUGCGUGGCCUCUUGCAAGAGCUGUCCUCCAUCCGCCACUCCCUGGAGAAGCGGGAUGAGAUGCGGGAGGUGGCAAGGGACUGGUUGCGGGUGGGAUAUGUGCUGGACAGGCUGCUGUUUCGCAUCUACCUGCUGGCCGUGCUGGCUUACAGUAUCACCCUGGUCACGCUCUGGUCCAUUUGGCAUUAUUCCUGAGUGGGUACAGCCUGGCAGGGAGGGGAUGUGAGUCCUGCAUCCUGUUUCCAACACCAAUUCAUCUGAGCAACCCCAGUCCCCUUGUCCCCUAAACUUAGCGCUGAAGACCCAGUCAGACCCCCCGACUUCCCUAUCAUGGCUUUAAAGCAUGAUAUCCUAGAUCAAGAGGAACCAAGACCCCCUCUAACUUAUUAAGACAUCAAGCCCUGGUUCCUUUUCCAGUACUUCUGUGAUUAUGGCCCUUGGGAUGGCUCAUUUCCAGUUUUUUUCUUUUUGAUCAGAGGAAAGCAAAUUCUCUUGCCUAGGUGCCUGAGACAUCUGCGCCUGUUUUACCCAGGCCCCAGUGGCUUCUUCUUCAGCUCACUUGUGGGUACUUCCCUAGCGCUCAGCCUCAUCAACCAACGGGGGCCGGGGGUAAUAAAAUGCUAUGAUAUC